CUAAGCAUGCUUGACCAUCAUCAUUACCAUUUUAGACUUGCCCUCCAAUCUCUGAUCGAUAAUCCUCAGACGACGCUGCCAUUCAUCCAAUCAGUCUGGUAACUCACAGGAUCAUAUAUAGCUCACCUUCUGUGUUGCUAUAGCAAAUCCUUCAAAAAGCAUACGGCUAUAUUGUCCGUUUAAUGAGCUGUAGAAUGCAGUUUUGUCGGAUGGUUAAGCCUCAACUUUUAGCAGUCAUCUUCAUCAGUAUCCUCGGCCAUAUCCAAGUUGACUGCUUUUCUUUCAAUUUCCCCACCUUCAAACAAGAAGAUCAGAAUGGAUUAAUACUACUGAGUGAGUUUUCGCGUAUAUUCCGAGAUGCCAUCCAAGUGACACCUGAUGCUUACGGUGAAGACUUGAGGAACAGGUCCGGGAGGGCCUUCUACUAUAAGGCGUACAGAGUUUGGAACAAGAAGAAGAACCAAACUGCAUCAUUCAAUACCACCUUCGUCCUCAAUAUCAGCCCCGAUACUCCUUCAAACCCAGGUGCCGGCGAAGGUUUGGCCUUCAUACUAGCUGCUGACAGAAGUCUCCCCCCCAACAGCCAUGGAAGAUGGCUUGGCGUUGUGAAUUCUUCCACAAAUGGCACUUCUGGUGCAGCCGUAUUGGCUGUGGAGUUUGAUACCAGAAGCAACUCCCCUGAAGACGGCUCAGACGGUCAUGUUGGCGUCAACGUGAACAGUGUUUACUCCAUCAAGCACGUUCCGUUACUUCCCUUGGGGAUCAAUAUUUCAUCGGGCACCAAUGUGACCGUGAGAAUUCAGUAUGAUAACGAUGUGAUUUCUGUCUUCGGUUACAUGAUGAGUGGAGCCAAAGCACAAGACAUGAAGCUCUUGUUGCAAUCUCCACCCCUCAAUCUCACCUCAUAUCUCCCGGAGAAGGUAUUUCUGGGGUUCUCUGCGUCGACAAGUAAUUUCAAUGAGCUGAACUGCAUCAGAGCGUGGGAGUUCAACGGUGAAGAUAUUGGAGACGGAAAUCAAGAACUGCUAUGGGUUUGGAUCACAGUUCCAGUGGUGGUGGUUAUCGCCGGUGCGGUGAUAUUUUUCUUGAUAUGGCGGUGGAAACGAAAUAGGGAGAUAGCAGAGGAUGCGUAUCCGAGGAUAGAAGACCAGAUUAAGUAUUCCUCAAUGGUUCCAAAGAAGUUCCGGCUGAGGGAAAUGAAAAAGGCGACGAGCAAUUUCAACGACCAGAACAAGCUGGGGGAAGGUGGUUUCGGAAAAGUGUACAAGGGAAUCCUGGGAAACAGGGAGAUCGCCGUGAAGAGAGUCUCCAAGGAUUCACGCCAAGGGAAGCAAGAAUUCAUAGCAGAAGUCACGACAAUAGGCAGCCUUCACCACAAGAAUCUGGUUAAACUCACAGGGUGGUGCUAUGAGAGAAAAGAACUCCUACUCGUCUACGAGUUCAUGCCCAAUGGAAGCUUAGACAAAUACCUAUUCGGCAGCACAGACGGAUCACCAUAUCAAAACCUUCACUGGGAAACCAGAUGCAGUGCGAUAUACGGUGUGGCUGAAGCCCUUGACUAUCUUCACAACGGCUGCGACAAGAAGGUGAUUCACAGGGACAUCAAGGCCAGCAAUAUCAUGUUGGACUCAGACUUCAAUGCCAAGCUGGGAGACUUUGGAUUGGCUCGAACCAUCCAAAAAAGAAAUGAGACUCACCAUUCCACGAAAGAAAUAGCAGGAACGCCAGGUUACAUGGCCCCAGAGACGUUUCUGACAGGGAGGGCAACAGUGGAAACAGACGUGUACGCAUUUGGGGUUCUGAUAAUGGAAGUAGUCUGUGGGAAGAGGCCAGGGAACAUGUGUGUUCAGAACGACUACAAGAAUAGCAUAGUGUACUGGGUGUGGGAGAUGUAUGGGAAUGGAAGAACACUAGACGGAGUGGAUAGGAGAAUAAAGAAGGAGAUAGAGGAAGACGAGGAACGAGUGGAAAGAGUGAUAGUGCUAGGCCUGGCUUGUUGCCAUCCCAAUCCUCACAAAAGGCCAUCCAUGAAGACAGUACUGCAGGUCCUGACAGGCGAGGUGGCUCCGCCGGAGGUCCCGAGGGAACGGCCGGCUUUUGUGUGGCCGGCCGCUCCCCCUUCCUUCAACGUCAAUGAUAACUCCAUUAAUUCGGCCCAACUCACUCCUCCCUUCACUCAGCUCACCGGCAGAUGAUCAUCAUCAUCGUAAUUACCCCGCAAUGGUUCUUGUUCUCGUACCUUGGCAGAUAUCGUAUCGCUGUAAUUAAAUAACCACCAAACAACAGUAUGAUAGGUGCUUGACACAAAUUUCUUCUUCACUCUGUAAAUUGUUUUUCUUCGGGCGGAACGGUUAGGUCAGCUUAACUGCUUAAAGGCGUAGUCAACUUCUGCAUAUAAUUGAUUGUACUCAAAUA